UUUUUACCCGGAAAAACUUUUUGGUCAUGUAACGCGUCAUUAGGUGCCCUAAAGAUGGCGGAGUCGGAGGAGGAGGUGGACGUAUUGGUCCAGAGAGUUGUCAAAGACAUCACUAACGCCUUCAAGAGAAACCCCAACAUUGAUGAGAUUGGUGUGAUCCCGUGUCCAGAGGCCCGCUACAACCGCAGUCCCAUUGUGUUGGUGGAGAACAAGCUGGGUGUUGAGAGCUGGUGUGUCAAGUUCCUGCUGCCGUAUGUCCACAACAAGCUGCUGCUCUACCGCCAGCGCAAACACUGGCUGGAGAGGGAAGCUUUAGCGGAUAUCACCUGCACUCUGUUGCUGCUUAACCCGGACUUCACCACUGCAUGGAAUGUCAGGAAGGAACUACUGCAGUGCGGAGUUCUUAACCCAGAGAAAGACCUCUAUCUGGGCAAGCUGGCCCUCACCAAAUUCCCCAAGAGCCCUGAGACGUGGAUACACCGACGCUGGGUGCUGCAACAGAUCCUGCGUCAGUGCUCUGCUAUGGGCCGGAAGCAUCAGCAGGGUGAAGCAGAGCAGGCCGAUGCAGAGAGGAGCCAGCAGCUCAGUGACCAUCUGGCCAGGACCCUCCAUCAAGAGAUGAAGGUGUGCUCGGACGCUGCCUGCCGCUAUCCCAGCAACUACAACGCCUGGUCCCACCGCAUCUGGGUGCUGCAGCACAUGGCCAAGGGCAACGUCAAGGUGUUCCAUGAUGAGCUGUCGUCGAUGCGCCUCUGGGUGUCCAUGCAUGUGUCUGACCACAGCGGCUUCCACUACCGCCAGUUCCUGCUUAAGGAGCUGAUCACGGAGCUCUCCCUGACUCCAGCUUCCACCCCCCCCAGUUCGCCCCAGCGCCGGCGCAGCCAAGUCCCCGACAGCAGCCCCCCCCCACCCAGCCAGGGCCCAGCCAAUGGGGAGCUGUCGGGGGCGGAGGCCGCAGCAGAGGAGGACAGACAGCUACUUCAACUCUUCCACCAGGAGGUGGAGCUGUGCUCAGACCUGAUCCAGUCCUUCCCUGGUCACGAGACACUCUGGAGUCACAGGCGCCAUGUCUUCUACCUGUGGCACCACUGGAGGAGGGAGCACCAGCACCACUGCAGCAGCAAUGGAGGCAAUGCGUCGGUCCGCCUUAACAACAGUGAGCCCACGCUGGCCGAGGUUGGCGCUCAAAGCUGCGCCGGCAGGGGGGAGAGUGUGAACGGACAGGGGCAUGCUAGUGACGCUAUGGAGGUGGACGCGGCGUCCUUGCCUGACCCGCGGGACAGCAAGCGACUGAAGAGAGGUGCCCUACUGCCAGGCACCCCCGGCCUGCCCUCUGAGCACAGUUUUGUGAGCGGUGUCCUGGACAGCUGCGGGAACCCCGAGCAGAGACGUUUCGCCCUGGCAUACAGGAAGUGGUUAGACACUGUCAUUGGUCAGCAGCCUUGAGAGAGAACCGUUAGCCCACAGAUCUCUCUCAACAUUGAAGUUGCCUUUAGACACAGAUUUAGGAUCAGCUUCCCUACCUGUAGCGCUGACUUUAACCAAUAGUGAUUCAGAUGCAGUGAUGACUUUAGAAACGAGUCCCAGGGCAGCUCCUGACAGUGGGGAGUGAGGGUAAGGAGGUUUUAACAACAUCCUGUCCGUUCUUCCUCUGAAACAUCUGGAUUCUCCUGCGCUUGAUCUGAGCCAGUACCCCUUCAGAACGGAAAUCUGCACACACGGAGCCCAUUGGCUCGCUAUGGGUCUGUUGGUAGAUUCUCUUCUUAUUCAAGGUUUCUCCAUGCCUCAGGUCCAAUUGCCACUGCUUUUGUUUUUUAGUGCCAGUUUGACAUUUUUCUGCACAUAUUACUUUAUGUCUGUUCAAAUAUUUCAGCAAAGAAACUAAAUGAAUCGCAUGUGUUGGGCCUGAUUGGUUGGAAUGCCAAAAUAGUCAGUACUAUAUAAAUGAAUAAGCCAUUAAAUAAUAAUAUGAAAUGAGUAAUCGUAUGACUAAAAAGAGUAGGAUAUAUACAUGACCCAAUAAAUUGUAACAAAAUACAAAACAUUGUUAAAACUUCAUUUAUUUAUUUUUUAAUUAUCAUCAAGUGUUAUUUCAUCCAUAUUUUCACAGUAACUGUUUUAUUGGAGUUUUGUAUCAAACAUUCUCUCUUUACAAAAGUCUGAUUUCUCAAGUGAUUGGCUAAAAGCUGAGGGGGGCGGGGAGUGGAAACAGGAAAAUGAGAU